AUGGUGAAUCUGCUCAAAUACCUUCAGAUCGAAACUGUACACAAGUUUGAGACAGCGUACGACCGUCUGUGCUUCGAGCUCGACAAGGACGGAGGGCUAACAUGUCUUCGUAGCAUCGCCCCGGCUCGGUCGGAGGACCGCCAACAACCCAAAGUCUGCUCGGAGCUGCAAGAUGGCGAUGAGAAAGCUCAACUAGCACGACAGGUGGAGUUCUACCUUCAAGACGCACGCCUGGCGAAAUCGGGUUUGGACGAGCUCGUCAAGGAUGUGGCCAACGAAGUGGAAGGGUGCGAGACCAAGUGCGUGGAAGUCAAGUCGUCGGAAAGCGCAACUCGGAAGGCGAAAUCGUCCUAUGGCGGGAACGUCCGUAGGCUUUCGGACAUGGCUCGUGUUUCCGUGAUCUGUGACAAACCAGAAGACCUCGCACGGGCUUUCUCGGGUAUCUUGGGACGUCUCCAGCCGCAUGAAGUUCGUAGGGUGACCAACGGCUUCAAGUCCGACUGGAUGCCCAGUGGCUACCGAGAUGUAAAAGUGAAUCCAGUCGUGAACGAGCAUGUAUGUGAGAUUCAGCUACAGCUCCGCCAGUUCUACGAGUUGAAGCACGACCAACACGCCGUGUACGAGUGGGCGCGAGAACUCAACGUAACUGCGAAAAUGGAAGCCGAACAGCUGUUCGAGAACCUAUCUCGAGAGGUUACGGAGGAGAUGAUCCGUCUCGCUGAGGGGAAUUGGCGUGGGACUGGGUACUGCCUGGUGGACUUGCUAACUAUGGCCGGACAGUACGCCAAGGCUGAAGAAGGAAGCAGGAAGGGUCUGUCAGAGGCCGAGGACGCUUUUCGGUGCAUUGAGGACAGGGGAAGCAAGGAAUGGAGGGAGGCCUUGCUCCAAGAGAGUACAGCAAGGAGGAACCUGGGGUAUGCGCUAAAGAUGCAGGGCAAACAUGCGGAGGCUGAACCACUAUAUGAGCGGUCGCAGGCCAUACGCGAGGAGGUACUGGGACCUAAGCAUCCGGACGUGGCAGAGGUGCUCAACAACCGGGCGACGUUGUUGAAGAGUCAGGGCAAGUACGGCGAGGCCGAGCCACUUUACGCGCGAUCGCAGGCCAUUCGAGAGCAAGUGCUGGGUACGCACCACCCUGCGGUGGCGACCGCGCUCAACAACCGGGCUGGGCUGUUGAGUGUUCUGGGACAGUUUGCCCAGGCAGAGACUCUCUACGCUUCGGCUCUUGAGAUCUGGGAGAAGGUGCUAGGCCCUGAGCACCCCAACGUUGCCACCGCCAACAACAACCGUGCAGCGGUGUUAGGGCGUCAGGGAAGCUACGCCGAGGCUGCGCGGCUGUUUGAGCGUUCUCAGAUCAUACAUGAGAAGGUGCUGGGCCCUGAGCACCCCAAGGUGGCCACGGACCUGAACAACAGGGCGGUCAUGUUGAAGAAACAGGGCAUGUGUGCCGAAGCUGAGCGGCUCUAUGAGCGAUCACAGGGGAUUCGAGAGAAGGCUCUGGGCCCGGAGCAUCCAGAUGUGGCCCAGUCGCUUCAUAACAGGGCAGGGCUACUAAAGAUCCUAGGCAAGUUUGACGAGGCCGAACCGCUAUACAAGCGAUCGCUGAGCAUCGACGAGAAGGUCUACGGCCCUGACCACCCUGAGGUCGCUGCGGACCUCAACGACAUGGCGGUGUUGAUGGAGAGCCAGGGCAAGUGUGCCGAGGCUGUGCCACUCUACAGGCAGUCCCUGGGCAUAAGAGAGAAAACACUGGGUCCCGAGCAUCCAGAUGUGGCCGAGUCGCUCAACAACCUGGCAGGGGUGCUGAGGAGUCAGAGGAAGUUCCAGGACGCGGAGCCAAUGUACGAGCGAUCACUGGCUAUCGACGAGAAGGUUUACGGCCCUGACCACCCUGAGGUUGCAACGGGCCUCAACAAUUGGGCUGCAUUGUAUGAGGUUCAGGGCAAGCAUGCGGAAGCUGAACCUCUCUUAGAGCGAUCACAGGCGAUUCGAGAGAAGACUAUCGGUGCGGAGCACCUGGAUUUAGUCGACGUGAUUAUCAGGCGGGCAAGGGUGUGCGAUAACCAGGCUAAGCACGAGGAGGCCAGCCGUCUUUUUGAACGCUCCCUGGACAUCAGCGAGAAGAAUCUUGGGGCCUCUCACCCUGCCAUAGCGGGUGUGCUCAACGACAUGGCGGAGUCACUGCUUCGGCAGGGCAAGAAUGUCGCGGCCGAGCUGUUGUACGGGCGGGCCCUGGAUAUUUUACGUGCGUCAGUAGGGGAAGAGCACCCCUACUUCGCUCGGCUUCUCCGCAGUCAGGCUUUGUCAGUGAUGGGCCAGGGCAAGUUCGAGAAGGCCGAAACACUUUUUAAGCGUUUGGUGUCGAUGUCCGAAAGUAAACAUGGUCUUGACCACGCCGCGGUCGCUACUGACCUCAACAACCUGGCGGAGGUAUUGAAGAAACAGGGCAAGGACUCCGAAGCCGAGCCCCUAUGUGCAAGGGCUAUUGGUAUUUGGACAAAGGGAAAAGGUCCUCACGAUCGCACCGUUGUCACCUCGCUCAAUCACAGGGCGGAGCUGUCGGAGAAGCAGAUGCAACCGCGUUCACACAUACCCCCUGGCCCGCACCUGCUGUUGGGUGGAUGUGGUAAAGGUGGCAACGGAGGCGGAGGCUUCCGUGACGUCGGACGCGAAGGAGGAGACUGUUUAGGUUGACGGACGGACUUCAAGUCAAGUGACGAAACCAUACCCAGCACCUGAGAGACGGCUUUGGCUGGCCAGCACACUAGGUGGGAGGAGGAGAGCGGUCCCCACAAGGCAUCUGUACCUGUCAGUCGACGUGGGUCGUUGGGAAUAUCGAAGAAGGGUGACAUGAUUUCGGAGUAUGUAGAUAGUGGACGAUAGGAGCUCGACCGACCAAGGAAUCAAUGAAAUAGGGUUCGAAACUCAAACGGUCGUGUGUGGGUGGGAGGAAUGGUUUCAUUCUUCUCUCGCCGUUUGUUUCCGUUCGGUCAACCGACUUGGCGCCGCUGCCGCUGUCUCCGCCGCUGCUGCUAAUGGAAGGACAUACCGCACCAUCUAGAAAAACGCACGCACAGUUACUCGGCGCAUGGUUGCUUCGUAUGUCAGUUAUUGAGACGUAAUUUUCGAGUUUCUUUCCUGCUCAGGUGGUCCUUCCGAUCUUUUUUUUUUGUGCGGUGAGAAAAAGUCCCAGCAGUUAGUCUGGUUCGAUCAUUUGCCGGCACGAACACUGGCAUCGCGCCCAUCUCGCAGAACAACUAUACGAUUGUCAGAGAGGACAAUGUUGUAGCGGUUGCGUUGGCCUAUCGCAACGCACCAUCCGUGUAGCGGCAAGGCAAAUCAAAUAGGUGGGUGUAGUGAGUUCGGUCGGUCUUGGUCUUUCGUUCGAGUGUCCUUUCGAGGGUGCCGCUUGGUGCCCAUGCGGACGCCAGGUGCCAGAUCACGCCCACCAACGCUUUGUAUCGUUUAGAUCCCCCCAUAACAACGAGACAUCCCAGGUUUGGCACUGACUAGGGAGUUCGCGCAAGACAGCUUCUGACAACCCGCGAAUGAGUGACCGCCCCGGGAGUGCUUGGAUGCGAGUCGCCACCUCCGACAUGAAAACGGUGUGAUCUACCGCCCGGUUUCCAUGUGGUGUUAGAGCAAGUCCUCACCAAUAACAUCGAGAAAACCGCUGUCAGGUCGAGCAGUUUUCGAUUAUUUUGCUAUUUCGUCGAAACGAGACGGCGCAGGAUAUCGACGGGCCAAGUCCAAAUUUCAUUGGUUCUGGUCUUUGGGGACGACCGCAGCUCGUUCACCUCAAUAAACCUGGGUUUCCAAAUCCAGCAGUGGUUGGUGUGGUGACAGACAAUAUUUGCCGCGGUAUAUCUGGAGGCACCAUUGGGGGAAGGUCUCCGAAUAGCAAUUCGGUGUAGGCUAGGUUAUUGUGCCAAGGAACCAAGACCGCGAUAUAUCGGGAACCGCGAUUGUACUGUGGUGACAUUUGUAACACACAUGAAUGGCAGGCGCACGCUUGUAGGAUGGUCUUCCAUAGACCACGUCCAGAGACGAGACGUAGUCAGUACGACAGAAUGCCUCUGUCGAAUUACCUGGGCAUUGCGCCAACUUUGCUUGUCGAGGCAACCUCGAAAACACAAGAAAUAUUUGUUGUUGG